AUGCGUAUGUGCGUGCAUCAGCGCGUGUGUCUGCGCGUGACACAUCACGUGACACAGCGCUAUGGUUUAUUUCUUUCUUUUUUCUUUCUUUCUUUCUUUCUUUCUUUCUUUCUUUCUUUCUUUUUAGCUUUCUUUCUUUCUUUCCUUUUUCUUUCUUUCUUUUUGUUCUAUUUUUAUUUUAUUCUUUCUUUCUUUGUAACUUUUUGUAAAUAUUUUAAUAUUCAAAUUAUUUCUUUCUAUUUUUACUUUCUUUUCGCUGCGAUCAUCUUUGUUUCAUUUCUUACAUCUCCAUUUUCAAUGCAAAUGACCUACUUUAGAAAACAUGUCUUGUUUCUUCUCAUACGGAAUGUUUUCUUUCUUUUUCUUUCUCUUUCUUUCUUUCUUUUUCUUUUUCUUUCUUUCUUUUUCAACAUUUUUUUUUGCGGUUUGUCUUUUUUUCGUUUGUCUUUCUUCACUAUUCUUUCUCUGUUUCUACUUUUGAUAAAUUGGUUAUUCUUUCUUUUGGGGAAUUGCUUAUCCUUUCUUUUGGUGAAUUGGUUAUUCUUUCUUUUGGUGAAUAGGUUAUUCUUUCUUUUGGUGAAUUGGUUAUUCUUUCUUUUGGGGAAUUGGUUAUUCUUUCUUUUGGUAAUUUUGUUAUUCUUUCUUUUGGGGAAUUGGUUGUUCUUUAUUUGGGAAAUUGGUUAUUCUUUCUUUUGGGGAAUUGGUUAUUCUUUCUUUUGGGGAAUUGGUUAUUCUUUCUUUUGGUAA